GUCCCACUUAUAUAAUCAAGGUGGAAACUUGGAAUACCUAUGGGGACCAAAGAGUGCUACUCUUUUCCAAAGUAGAUCGAGGGCUGAUCGACGAUGAAUUCGAGAAAAAAUUACCCUUGGUACAAAACCGUAAAAUAGAUUGUGCCUACUACCCUACAGUUAAGGGAUUUGUGUAUAAUGUACCCACCGUUGAAUAUGAAAGGAAGGAAGUAGUAUGGAAUCGCACGGUCUUAAGCAGAAUAGGAAAUGUGUUAUUAGUUGAAGAACCAGAAAACCCUAAUGUAUAUCAAAAAGCAUUAACAUUAAUCCAUAAUAUGAAUCUACGCACAAUAGUAAUCAAUGCUGAGAGCCAGAUAAAAAUAAAUCUCGAACCAGAAGAGGCGAUGCAACAUGCAGCACACAUUCAGGAAUUACAUCGCAAAAGAAUUAUAGAACAAAGGCUAUUAGCAGCACCCACAAAAAAUAAGAUUGUUCCUCUAGAACAAAAUAGUUGGGAAAAAUGGAAAAUCUAUGUUCAAGUUUUGUUCGGUGUUGAAGCACUCAAAAUGGCAUGGAACACAGACAGUUUGGAUCUACAGACUGCAGUCUUCAACCAAGAACUUUCUCCUUACUUUAAAACAUACAAGUAUACUACGACCCAAAAAAAAGAAAACAUUGAAGUUGAAGCACAAGCAGCAGCUAAUGAGGCAGAUGAAAUUGAAGAAUUUGCUUACCCUCAACCUGAAGGAGAUCAGGUGGCUCCUGAGGUACAGCAAGAGAACCCAGAUCCUGAGAAUCAUGAUAAUAAUAAUCCAAUAAUAUUACCAGAACAAGAACCUCCUAGGCCACAACAUGAAAAUUAUUUUAUGGAUCCACCACGAUGGGGAGAACAUGUAUGGCGCAAUAUACAUGAAAUCUAUCGAAACUACCGAGUUAAUGAUCUACCAAACGGCGUCUAUCGGGUACUACGUCAAACAAAUGAAAACAUACAAAACGGUGUGGAGGUCUUACGACACCAUGGGGAGGGUUUUUUGGAGGAGAUCAUGUAUUUCAACGCUCCUCGUAUGCAUGAUCUGCCUUUUAAUCUUACCAAUAUAUGGGAGCAUGAAUUGCAAUCAGCCUACACUAGCUACACUGAUGAAAAACGCAACGUUGAACGAGCAAUGCGCCGCUCUCAGCAACGGAACUUUAUCGGUGACCCUGUCCAAUUACCCCUUAGUCGAAAUGUGUAUCCACAGGACGACGCUAUUAGACGAGACAUUGAGCACCGAGACAUACCGAUUGGCCCUUGGGGAAAACUAUCCUUCUAUUUGGACGAGAUUAUGGAAGCUCCCAUUCUACCCAUAUCAGUGGGCCGCCGAGGCUAUCAAAAUAUUGUACGACAAAAUAAGCCACAGUUCUUUCGCGCUCUGGCGAAACGUAUUAUGCUGGUUGAAAACGAACAUAUACCCGACCAAGUCAACGAAGCACCCGCUCGCACCCUCAUUAAUUACCUCGAACAGUACAGAAAUCCCGAUGAUCGAUUUGAUCCAAUCCAGCUCAACCGAGGAACUAUUAGCGCCUAUUGGUUCCGUAUUAAGCAAGACCAAAGACGAAGAUUAUUGGACCAAGCAAAGGAUCAACUGGGCAUCAGCUCUCUCAAUGAUUUAUUCGAAAAAAUCGAAAAACUUUAUAAAGACAAACAUUCCUCCAACGCAGCCAAAGGACAUACUAUUGUGGCAAAUACACCUCUACAUAACGCGAUCUGUUGUAUAUGUGUCGAGAUUGCAAAGAAACGACUUGACCCAAUUUUACGACGGGCAGGAAUUAUUUACACUGACGGAGUCGAUCUUGGAAGCCACACAUUCGAUCGGGGUGUAUCACAAUACUACUAUAACAACGAUUUUUCGGGGCAAGAUACUCGGCAAAAUUUUAUUGCCGUGCGAAAUAUUGGAAUCAUAUACGAGUACCUCGGUAUGGAUCGUGGAAUCGUCAACGAGAUCUUGGCCAAAUAUGAAAUUCCCUCCCGUCAACAAGGAAAAAGGGUCACUGUCCACAAUG